UUCCUCUCGGACGAUUUUUUCGUUCGGGUCGUAAUGAAGUUGUCUGUAAUGCCAAGUGAGACUGGGUAUGGAGAGCAAGAACAAGAUGCUAAUACAGCCUUGCUGGAACUCGAUAAAGGUCUACGUUCCCAGAAAGUUGGUGAGCAAUGUGAGGCCAUAGUUCGCUUCCCUCGACUAUUUGAGAAGUACCCAUUCCCAAUUCUCAUCAAUUCAGCUUUCUUGAAGCUUGCUGACGUCUUCAGAGAUGGGAGUAAUUUCUUACGUCUGUGUGUGGUGAGAGUGGCACAGCAGAGUCGUCUUCACCUGGAUAAGAUCCUGAAUGUAGAUGAGUUUGUCCGAAGAAUCUUCAUUGUGAUUUACAGUAAUGACCCAGUCGCUAGAGCAAUCACACUAAGAGUGUUGGGGAGUAUUGCUGGUAUUAUAGCUGAGAAGAAGGAUGUUCAUCACAGUAUCCACAAUGGCCUGGAUUCACAUGAUAGAGUUGAGCUAGAGUCAGCAAUCUACGCAGCUUCCUGCUUCUCAGCGCAAUCCAGGACUUUUGCUUCUGGAAUCUGUCACAAACUAGCAGAUCUUAUACAGGGCCUGUCGACACCGACAGAGAUUAAACUCAAGCUUAUUCCAAUCUUCAAGCAUAUGCAUCAUGACACACAGUCUACUGUGUUUGUGCGUCAGCUAUGCCUCGACCUACUGCCAUCUUACCCUGCUAAGAGCUUUCUCACUGUCUCCCUACGUACGCUAUCCCAGCUAGCUGCUGCUUCAUUGGUCAACAUACCUGAUCAGGUGGGCCUACUCCUAAGCUACCUGAGCCAUGACCCUCGCUGGUCUGUGCAGAUGACCUGCAUCAAUGACCUUUGCCUCUUGGCCAGGAAGGCUCCCCACAUGUGGACCAGUGACAACCUCGACAUCUUGUGUAAGCAGUGUCGUGGGUGUGAGUCUCCUGAGCUUCUCGCUAAGAGACUCAAAAUACUGAGUAUUCUUUUUGUGACUCAAGCAUUGAUGCUUGAGGAUCAAGUGGAGCCCAUAGCAGCCCUCUGCAGUGAUCUCAGUCAUCACUGGGAUGUAAGCGUAGCAGCCACGGCCGUCCAGAUAAGAACCCUACUAGCUAAAUGGUAUCACCUUAGUCUGGUACCUAAACGUGGCGGUAAAGAGUCACCCACACUGUCGUACUUACGGAUAGUCUCUGCUGCACAGAAUGUCAUCAUCCAGUGUUUGGCUGAAGAGACUCAGCCUGCUGUACAAGCUCUCAAGAUGAUCCUUCAUUGUGUUUGCAACAUGAGUGAUAAAUGUCCUGAUGCUCUCCAAGGAUUAAUCAAGACACUCAUCAUGGCACUGCAGUCAACUAAAGGUGAGAGUGGAUUAGUUUUAUGUCGCUGUCUGGUAUCUCUUGGUGAACUAAGAUCUGAAGAGCUGUUUCGUGGCCGUCUACCAUUAUUACAACAGCUGUAUACUGAUGCUUUAAACCAAGAGGAGUCUUGUGCUGAUGGGGGAGUGAGUGAGAAGAUCAGACACAAUAAGCUGAUUGGUUUAGCUGUGUUGUUAUUACUAGCUGAUAGAUCAGGGAGAUCUUGUAAGAGUGUUGGUCGUAGUAUACAUCAGCUCAUAAUGACUUCCCCGUGGCCUGCAUACCUCAUUGCACAUCAAGCAACUAGACUGAACUGUCAUGAAACUGCAGCGGAAAUCUUUGUCAAACUGGCAACACAGGUUGCGUCUGAGCAUUUCUACUACUGGCUCUGUGGUUUGGAGCAGUUCUGUCUCGGUGAGACGUGCCUUGCUGAUAUCACCAAUGAGUCUAGUAAUCUCAUCCCAUGUCUAUCCAAAGCAUUGCAACAUUAUGAGAAGGGUCUAGCAAACCUCAAGGCCGCUUCCACCCCAUCCCACCCCCUCCUCUUCCCAUGUGACUACAUGAGACUUCGUGCCGACAUGCUACAUUCCUGCCUGGUACUCCUGUCUUGCCUGGCAACCAUCCGGACUUGUCCUCCACCGGCCAUUGCUCCCGCUGUUGCCUUGACGCUAGGGCAAGAGCUGCUUAGAUGUGGUCAUAUGGCAACGGAGAUGCAGCAAUGCUCAGCACAGAUCCAACAGCUCAGUACUCGAUAUGCUCAACUCUACCAGAUGUCAUUUGAUGCUGAUCCAGACUCACUCAGCAAGAUCAAACUCAUACAGCAACAGUGUUUGUUGCUGGGACAUGUUAUGGACUGCCUUAUCCUCAACAAUCCAGCAUAUAGUGGAUCCAGACAGUGGAAUUUGAUCGGUGGCUGUGACGCUGUGGAAGGAUCUUCAGGGAGUAAUAUGCAGCAAGCUAAGAGGCAACAACAGACUUCUGAUGCUAUCCUAAGAACCUUACAGAGUGUCCUCACCCAGACUGAUGGACAAUCAAUCUCACAUCUGCACGUUGACUGCUUGGUGUCGGCCUGUUCUGGCAUGAUGAAACUUCCUUUUGGUUUCCCACGUUACUUCUUCCAGGCUUUACAGUCCACCAGCAUCAAGCUGGCCAUAUCACCAACUCCACGCAAUGCAGGAGAGCCAAUACCAUUGGGUACGGACACACAGCUUGCUAUGAAAGUGGAAGGUGUCAUACAACAUGGAAGCAAACCAGGACUUUUCCGCAAGGUGUGUAAAGUGAAGCUAGCUGUAACGUCCACCUGUGCUGCUGCUAAACCAAGCACAUCUAGUAAACCAAAUGAGGGUGACAAUGGUACCACUGAGGGGACGUGGACAGUUGAGCCUCGCCACGACUACUUCAGUGUCCAGAUCCUGCUCUCCCUAGCCGUGGUCGGUACCCACACAGUCAACGUAGAAGCUAGCGUUGUGGACGAGGACGGAAACUGCUGGCAGACUGGUCCCAAGCUUAGCUUGCUUGUUAAGACGUACGAGGAACUGACGGUUCAGCAGCGCCAGCAACAGGCCAAUCAGCAGGCAAACAGCUCCAGGUCAUGAACAAAUGCGUGGUGUGAAAAUGAAAUUGUAAAUAGUUAAGGACUCAAACUUUUGUUGAGGAAGAAAAACAAGUUACCGGUAAUUUGUAUUGGAAUUCUGUUCAAGGAAUGAAUAGGAAUAAGCCAUUAGUGAGUUGGAGGUUACGCUUAAAUUUGAAUUCCUCAGACUCCAUCCUCCUCAACACUGUUCUAAACGCACUUGUGGAUACCAAUCUGUUUCACAUGCUGGACCAUCUCUUUUGAAUGCUCUUCCACUGAACCUCAGACUAGUAGUCACUCUCUUCAGCUUCAAAACUUACUGCCAGUAGUAGAGUUCUUUUUCUAUGCGACAGGAUUGUCUUUUCGACAGAAAUGACGCACUACAAAUGUCCAUAUUAUAACUUGGGGCACGUUUUGACCAAUAAAAACAAUCUUUAGUGGGCGUGUUCAUGUCUUGAUUUAAAGACAACAAAGACAACAGGCUUUAAAUGCAAGGCCAUGGUCCAAUUUCAUAAAGCUGCUUUAAGCAGCAAAUCAUUGCUUAACAAUUUAAAGCAGGAUACCAUUCACAAAUUGUACAUGUUACAUGGUUGUUCGGCGGUUAACCUUAUUCUGCUAAGCAAAACUUUAUUAUGCUUAGCUCUGUGAAAAUCCACCAUGGUUUGCAAAUACGUUGUAAGAUGGUCGAAUCAAAACACACAACCAGCCCUAUUUGUGAUCAAUGUACAUAAAGAAAGGUUGUUGUCUCCUGCUCUACCGACAAACAUUCAUUAAUGUGCUACUAGUGGUUUUGCAAACUACACAUUCCAUUUCUAAUCAUGAACAACAGGCAAUGACAGAAAUGCCAAGGGGAUAUUUUCUUGUAGACUCUGAAUAUAAAGGGAAGGAAACUGGUUUUUGUAGAACUUAAUAAAACGAAUAAGGAAUGCCAAUAAAAUGUA